AUGGCCUUGUUGCGCACACCUCCAUCUGCUCAUUUAAUUCACAAAUCUAAUGGAUUCAACACUAACCGUUUUAGCAAUGGUACCCAUGGAAGGGGUCAUUCCUUUCGUGGGCGAGGAUGUGGCAGAUAUUCCAACAAGUGUGCUAAAUUACCGAAGUGGGAACAAAUGUGGUUAAAAAGACUCGUUUUAAAGCUCAGCUUUGUGAAUAUAGCAUGGGCGAGUCGAAUGCUUGGGCGCGCAGUGCAGAAGAUAGUUCCAACUUACAAUAGAAGAAUGCAUGGGCACGCGAAACCCAAUCCUAACAGCAGAGUUCAAUUAGGAAAUAAAUUUUGUGCGAUCUUUCGCUUAAGGCGAUUGCUAUCUUUAAGGCAAGGGAGAUCGAAUCAUAUCUUUUUGGCAUAUUGGAGAGAGAAAAAGGAGCCUAUAAAUAGAAUAGAAGACCGAUGA